UGCUGUUGUUGAGUUGGGCUGGGAUUAGCGGAGGCGAAUGAGUUUCAAUUUUACUGGAUUACAGAACAAAGAAAGGGGAAAGGGGACACACUCCACUGUUAAAGAAAAUAGUAAGAAAAGGGGAACAUUUAAAUAAUCUCGGUUAUAACGUUUUGCAAGCGACAGAUGUGGAUUACAGUAAAUCUCCAGUUUACAAUGUUUUGAAAACCCGAUAAUGCUACGUUUUAGAUGGAAAUUCUAACCAACACAACAGUUUCGGUUGGAUUAAACGGGGAAUAACGCUAUUCUGGGAUUGACAGUAUAAGGACAUCUAAACGUUCAGUGGAUUUUGUGGAGGAAUGGCUCAGAUGAGGAAGUCAGGAUGUGAUGGGAUAAGGACUAACUCCCGGGUCGAACUCCGGGUCCCACAGGUUUCGGCCAGGCAGGAGAUCCUAACGAGCCUAGUUUCUGCUCUAGACUCAGUGUGCACAGCCAUGUCAAAGCUAAACGCAGAGGUGGCAUGCGUCACUGUGCAUGAGGACAGUGUGAUCGCUGUGGGAACAGAGAAGGGAAGAGUCUUCCUCAACUCACGGAGGGAAAUACAAACAGACUUCCAUAAGUUUUGCAGGUUGCCCUGUCUGCAAGGGUUUACCACAAUGAAUGCCCAUGCCAAAGUUCAGGAGAGUGACUCCAGCAAGCUCUGCAAAGAGGCUGGGCAGGGCAAACAGAGGGCUUCAACAGAUAACCACUCUAACAUCUUUGUCUUAAGGAAGAUGGUGGAAGAAGUCUUCAGUGUACUUUACAGUGAGGCUGUUGGGAAGAGCAGCUUGGUCCCUGUGCCUUAUGACUGGAUCCUGAAGGACCCCAGCUCUGUGGUGGCCCACGGCCUGCCUGAUGGGAUCACCCUGAGGAAACCUGCCGAGUAUGACACUAGUACUUUAAUGAAGAUCCUGGAGCAGAGCAAUCGCAUCCAUUUCACUGUCAAAAGAGCAACGGAGGAGCCCUUGCGUGACGUCAAGUCCUGCGGCAGUGACGUCAGCAAUCAUAACUCCUCUUUGGGCACCACCAAGAGCCUAGCCAACCACAGCCCGGCCUCCAAGCUUGCCGCCGCUGCACAGGAAGUGUCUGCCACUUCAGUCUCCGCCAGCAACUCCAUGCUGUCCAGCUUCCUGUAUGGCAUGCCCAUGUCCUCCCAACCACACCCUGAUAGCCAGCUGGACCUGAAGCCCACGUCCCUUCUCAACCUGGGUAAAGACCGCCUUGGGGUUUGGGCAAUAGGUGCGGAAAAAGGCACGGCUGCUAAGGACGGUUCUGACAACGGUGAGCGUAUAGGACUGCAGGGGGAGUUGGGCCAGAGCCCUCCCAGCAUCCAUGUUUCCAAGCGCCUGCUGUUUUCCAUUGUACAUGAGAAGUCAGAAAAGUGGGACUCGUUCAUUCGAGAGACGGAGGACAUCAACACGCUUAGAGAAUGUGUGCAGAUACUCUUCAACAGUCGCUAUGCGGAGGCCUUAGGCUUGGACCAUAUGGUUCCAGUGCCUUACCGCAAGAUUGCUUGUGACCCAGAGGCCGUGGAAAUCAUCGGCAUCCCAGACAAGAUCCCCUUCAAGAGGCCUUGCACCUAUGGAGUGCCUAAACUCAAACGUAUCCUAGAGGAGCGCCAUGGGGUCCGCUUUGUAGUCAAAAGAAUGUUUGAUGAACGGAUUUUCACAGCUGCUGGUAAGGUGGCCAAGGAGGAAGGCAAGCAAGACAUAAGCACUACUUCCGAGGAUAGUUUCCCUGACAACCUCCGAGUCCCAUCGACUGUGCUGGAGCUGGCCAACAAUCCUCACAGUAGCAGAUCGACAAGCUCUUGUGUGAGUCCAUUGGUUGACUGCGAAGCAGGACCUUCAGGAGAUUGCAUUCCCUUGAAAAAGAUCAAAACUGAGCCCCCAGAUGGGGAGAUCAUCCAGGUGACUGUACCAGAAGCAAGUGUUUCAGUGGAGGAGCCCAGUGAGCCUCCAGUCGACUCGGCUGCAACAGCAGUGGUGACGGCCAAUCCGCCACAGGCUGCUCCCCGCCACCUCCUGGAGACCCACCCAGCUGAAGCACUGUCACCUAAACCAGCUUCACAAAGCCUCAGAAGAUCUCCUGAAGGAAAUCUUGCUGAGGACAUAGGUGAAAUGAUCCUCCAGCUUAGGAGGCAAGUGGAAAGUCUAUUCAGCACUAAGUACGCUGAGGCGCUUGGACUACCUGAGCCUGCGAAGGUGCCCUACUCCAAGUUUCAGAUGUACCCAGAGGAUCUGUGUGUUACAGGGUUACCUGAGGGCAUGGCUUUCCGCAGGCCCAACUGUUUUGGUGCGACCAAGCUACGAAGGAUCCUAACGGUCGGCAGCCAGAUUCAGUUUGUCAUCAAAAGGCCAGAACUGUUAACAGAUCAAGUGAAGCUAGAGCCACCACCUCUCCCGGCCUGUGAUUCAGAUCUUGACUCUAAAGAUGCUUUGACAGAAGAUAUUGGGGCUGAUUCAAAAAGACCAGGCUUCUCAGAUAGCUUAGAGGCCAAGCUGUCCAGGAUUGACCUGGCCAACACCCUGAGAGAGCAGGUCCAGGAUUUGUUCAACAGGAAGUAUGGGGAGGCACUUGGUAUCAAAUACCCUGUCCAGGUUCCUUACAAGAGGAUCAAGAGCAACCCAGGCUCAGUGAUUAUCGAGGGCUUGCCCCCUGGCAUCCCCUUCAGGAAACCUUGUACCUUUGGCUCACAGAACUUGGAGAGGAUCUUGGCAGUAGCUGAUAAGAUCUGCUUCACCAUCACCAGACCUUUCCAAGGACUCAUCCCUAAACCAGCACCUCGCCGGAUAACUUUAUUGAAGAAGGCCUAUGCUUCAAUAAGUGAUGAUGAAGAGGUCAAUCGCAUGGGGGAGAAGGUGAUCCUCCGUGAGCAAGUGAAAGAACUUUUCAACCAGAAAUAUGGUGAUGCUUUGGGCCUGAACCGCUCCGUCCUAGUCCCAUACAAGCUGAUUCGAGCCAGUCCCGACUCUGUGGAAGUUAGUGGCCUUCCAGAUGAUAUUCCCUUCAGAAAUCCCAACACUUAUGACAUAGUCCGCCUGGAAAAGAUCCUUCAAGCCAGAGAGGAAAUCACAAUCAAUGUCAAGAGCCAGCUACAGCCUUUUGCAGAAAUAUGCACCCAAGCUUGUAACACAGAAGGGAAAGAGGUUUCUACCAAUCGACGCAAGCGCAAAAGAGUCCUGGAAAGCAGCCGAGUGUCCAUACCUUCCGAUUCAGGGGUUUCAACCAAUCAGAUUCCAGUGAUGCAAUGGCCUAUGUACAUGGUGGACUACAGUGGCAUGAAUGUGCAAGUCCCUGGGAAGGUGAAAUACUAGAAGAGAAGAAAACAGAAAAUGUGUUACAAGAAGGGGAUAGAAAUUAGAGGACGUUUUCAAACAGUACUUACACUCACCUAAAGGAUUAUUAGGAACACCUGUUCAAUUUCUCAUUAAUGCAAUUAUCUAAUCAACCAAUCACAUGGCAGUUGCUUCAAUGCAUU